AUGAACUAUCCGUAUCUGCCAAAUAUCAAUCCUUAUACGUCCUCCGUAUAUAAGGCCGAUAUAAGAUUGGGUUCUAGCAGAAAGCAACCAUUUGAGGAACCCAAAAAUAGCAAUAUUCCAGCCAAUAACCCUCACACUGCUCAUUACCCUGCUCCUCACCCUGAUCCUCACCCUGCUCCUCACCCUGAUCCUCACCCUGCUCCUCACCUUGCUUCUCACCCUGCUCCUCACAUUGCUCCUCACAUUGCUCCUCACACUGCUCCUCACACUGCUCCUUACGCUGCUCCUUACAUUUAUAACCUAAGACAUAUGAAUAUGAACCCAAAUUCUGUCCAACAUCUGAAUCAUCCUAAUGAAUUUAAUUAUAAAAGUCCAGGACAUAUAGCUAAUGAUACAAAUAAUAUGAAUGGGGGACAAAACACUAACAAUAUCAACUUACUAAGAUGACCAUCGCUUCCUCCUUUAGCUCCUGUGCAUGUAGAGCCGAAACCUCCUUAUGAGGGUAUCGAUAAUAAAACCCCUUAUCAAAUUCCUCAUAUAAAUAAUGUAAAUGAAAAUAAUACCUUACAAGAAGUAAGAGCUUUGCAUCAGAGAAUUGAUGAGAUGAAUAGAGGAAUAGAAUUACUCAUUCAGAAUGCUCAAAAUUCAUAUUAUGCCUUUGAUGAAGUAAGAAUUUUGCAUGAGAUGAUUAGUGAGGUGAAUAGACGAAUAGAAUCAUUCACAUUGAAUGCAAAAAAUGUGUGCAAUCCGCAGCAGCUUUUUACAAACGUAAGACCAAACAAUGAAGAAACAAAAAUCAAACCAAAAAAACCAAGACCAAAAAAGCUCGACAUUCCUCCAUACCAAAAAAUAGUUUCUUUAGUUAUUGGGCAAACAGGGUCAGGAAAGUCCACAUUUAUCAAUAUUAUCACAAAUUUUUUUAGAAAUGGGACCCUGGAGAAUAAAAAAAUUGCGAUUCCGACCAAAGAUUUUCCCCAAACUGAGCGUGAUUUUGUACAUGCAGAAAGCGGAAAGGGAGUAGACCAAAGCCAAACAGUUAAAUGCUGUCGGUAUGAUUUUAAAGAUCUUGACAGUUGUAGUACUUUUACAUUUAUAGAUACGCCAGGACUAAGUGACACUCGAGGUGUAGAUCAAGAUGACAAGAAUAUAAAAAUAAUUGAAAAUGAAAUUUUAAAGUUCACAGACAUCAAUGCAAUUAUAAUAGUUCAAAACGGAAGUGAGGCUAGAAAAACAGCAAGCGUGAAUAAUUCUUUGGUUAGAAUUAGAAAUGCUUUGCCAAGAAAAGUUGAAGAUAACAUAAUUUUAGUCCUCACAAAUUCUCAUAUUUCUUCUAAUUUCAAUGUCGAUGCUUUACCUGUAACUCCAAAACACACGCUUAUUAUGGAUAAUAACGCUUUUAAUAUAGUUGAACCUACCCAGUAUGAUUUAAUGGAUUUGAAGCCAUCCUGGGAUAAGUCGAUGAGAAAAGUUAAAGAAAUAGCCGAAUAUUUAUGCACAAUGGGCAGUUUUAGCACCAAAUGCUAUAAAGAGAUGAUUGAAGAAAAAGAUAGAGCCCUACUCAAGUUUCAUCAGGCAAAAAGUAAACUCCAAAACCUUUAUGGCCUACAGGAGCAGCUUGAAGAGAUUAAAAUAAAGAAAGAGUCAUAUUUGAAAGAUGCUAAAGCUUAUCAAAAUUAUAAACAAACCAAAAUAAUUGAGCAGAUUGAUUGAAAAGAUGUAGAUUACCAUAAUACUGUUUGUAGCAAUGAUGAGUCUUUGUGCCAUAAACAAUGUGGUCUGGAAUUCACCCCAGAUAAUGAUGGAAACGUUUUUACGAAUUGCGCAUGCAUGGGAGAGUCUGGGAAAUGUAAGGCAUGCAAUUGUGGACCUGAAAGCCACUACCACACGAAAAAAAUUCCUAUAAAAAUUCAAAAAAAUGUUGAAGAAAUCCUGCAGAAUGUAAAAAAAAGUUUGAUAAAUUUAACGCACAAGCAAAUAAAUAUGAAACUGAAGAGCAGAAUUUUUUAA